AGUAGAUGAGCGGAGUCCAUGCGGUAGGAUACGUUUCCAUCUCUCACGAUAAAAGGGGUGCUGCGGUACCGCUUUUCGCAUGCGAGGCUGCAAUGAAUUAGGGUUUUUGCUUAGGCUUUCUCAGUUGCGUUAAGAGCACAUACGAUCAUGGCGGGUGGGAAUUUUAUGCACAGGGUUAUGUCUUACCUCGUGAAUGAGCUUCUCGUUAAUAGUCUCGCCAACAGCCCUGCAUUCCAGAGAUUUGCUGUGAGGACAUCAAUGAAAAUUGAAGAUAUAUCAACUAUGGCUGUGCAGAAGAGACGAGAAAUUGCUGAGCAGAUGAAGGAUUUGUCAAAGAAUUUUGAGGUUGAAAGCUGUAAAGCAUUGUGAAAUUUUUAAAAUUGUACUUCAAAAUGGACUGCUGCUUAUUUUUUAUUUGCAUGUCUCAUGGCAGUCCAAAAAUCAGUGAUGUUGGAACUGGUCGAUGAGGUUGGCAGCGCAGCUCUGCUGUAGAUGGUCAUCCAAAAGCAGCUCAGUUUGGUAUUUCACCUUCAUCACCCGAACUAAGUCUUGUCUUGAUCUGCAGCCCUGUAAGGAAUCAGUGAUAUGCUUGGUGCUGGUGAGGAAAUUGGUGGCACAGCUGCCGUUUUAAAUGGUUUGAAGUCCUAGUUUUGUACUGCCUUUAUACACACCCUUGUGGAACACGGAUUGAAGCCGAGUCAAUGAACUGUUUUGGCCGUAUAGUAUGAACCUUCCUCGUGCAAUUGUCUUUUUUGUAGUCAAUGAGUUCUCUUAAAUUUGCAGAAUCAUUUUUAUGUCUACAAUUGUCUCUGUUGUAAGCAUUCAUUUGUAAAUUUACAAAUUAUCUGUUUCAAAGCCAUCACAUGUUUCUUA